CUGCCAGUGCAGGUACACAAUUGGCAUCAAGUACCAUACGGAUCUGACACUUAUUCUUUUACGAUCUCUAUUGUGUCUUCUCAUAAACAACUAUGAUGGAGGGUAUCUCCGGUAUCUGAUUGUUCUCAAAUUUCAAUCAUCACUUCAAAAUUUGAGCAAGCACAGCACAAAUGGGCGUCGUAAUCGAAAGCUCCGUUUGGGAGCCUAGUCCAUUUCUCCAUGUAUUCAUAUUCCUCUUGUGCUUCGUUUCCAUAUUUGUCCUUCCUUAUUCACCAAACAUAACUUACUCUGUUUUCGACCUUCGACGUCCCUCUUCCUUUCUUCGCUUUCAACGAAAUUUCCUCUUCAUCUAUUCCCUCGCUUCGGUAAUGGAAGGAUUGUGGUUGGUGUUUGGAGAGUAUGAAUUGGUUUAUUACGGUGUUGGUAAGGAACAGAUGGUGUUGUUUCUCUGUCUUGGUUAUGCAGCUGCUCUCUUUGCUGGAACUUUUCUGGGCAUGCUUUCUGAUUUAAUAGGUCGAAAGAAAGUUUGUUUGGUGUUCUUUAUCCUGCACCUCUUUGUUGGCAUAUUGAAGAAGAUUUCUUUGCAUCCAGGCAUCUGGGUUGCAAAUAUUUGUCUGCCUCUUGCUUCCUCAGUAUUUUCUUUCAAUUUCGAGUCAUGGGUGGCUGUUGAACAUGAAAAGCAAGGGCAUAGGCAAGGUUCUCUGAGUGACACCUUCUGGUUAAUGACUUCCUUUGAGUCUGCAUCCCUAAUUGGAAGUCAAAUACUCGCAAACUGGUUGGUGGAGAGUAAUGUGGAGAAAGGCAUAGCAUCUCCAUCCAAUGCAUCCAUUUUCCUGGCAGUAUUAGGAGUCAUCUUGGUCACAAGAGGAUGGACAGAAAAUCCCCAAGUGAAAUUUAAGGAUUACAAGACAUCCUUCUUUACACAUAUUUUUGGUGUUAAAAGGAUAUGGCUCUUGAUUUGGGCACAAGCUUGCCUCCAACUUUCAAUUGCAGUAUUCUGGAUUCUGUGGGCCCCAACAUUGGUGGCUGAUGGUCGAGAAGUUCAUCUUGGAUUGAUAUAUCCAUGUUUGCUUGGUGCAAGAAUGCUUGGAAGCACUGUAUUCCCAUGGCUCAUUAGUGGUCCAUCUUCAAUUCGGACUGAGGAUUGCUUGUUGUAUGCAUUUGUUGUACUGGGGUUUGUCUUGUCCAUAAUAGCUUAUGAUUAUCAGGAAAUUGGAGUCUUAGUCACAUUAUUCUGCUUAUUUCAUGCCUGUGUUGGCUUAAUUCUGCCUUCACUUGCUAGAUUGAGGACCAUGCAUGUGCCAAAUGAGUUGCGUGGUGGGAUGAUAAGCCUUUCUCUAGCUCCUGCAAAUGCUGCAAUUCUGCUUCUUCUGUUGCUACGGGGCUACUAUCAAAAAAUUGAGAAUGCAGCAAUUAUGGCAUUUGUAGCCUUUGGGCUGUUCUCGGCUGCUGGAUGUAUGCAUUUAUUGAAGCGGUGGGGAAAGAAACCGUACCAGAAUUCCCACAAAUUGUGAUUUCCUGCCUCAAUUUCGUUUUAAGCUUCGGUUGGUGGAUCCUUAUUGUCUUUCAUCUAUCAGUUAAUGGUGGACAUGUAAGUGGAACGCUGAAGCACAAAUAUGUGCUGUGUAAUUCCGGUUGAAGUGUGCAAUAAAGCAUCUGGUUAUGAAUAUAGGGAAGAGACUAUGAAGCCAACAAGUUCAGUUUUAAGGCUUGCUAAACUUAGGUUCAUAGUCUCAUAAAUGUCUGUUACACUAUAAGCAAGGAGUUUAUAUGCAAGUAACUUUUGGUCAUUGAAUCCUUCAAGUUUUGACUUUCAAGUUUGAGAUCUAAAUCGUCAGGCACUAUAGAAGCUUGCAGAUAAGCUAGAGAAACUGAUGAUAUUUGAGCUGUAGAAAACAGUUUGCCUCUGAUACAGUCAUCCUUUAGAUGGAUGUGUUGAGCUGGUAAACAUUUAAAGCUCCCAACAAAUAUCUGCUGCUAUUCGCUGGUGUUUGGAUAUACAUGUUAGUGGACCUGGAGUCAAUCUCGAAGUUGAAAGACUUUGAUUAUUUUUUAUGAUUGAGACGCCAGCCAUGCAAGUUUGUUUUGUGGUGUUAGAGAUCAUCAUGGUUAGAGUUGACCAUCACACGUUGCCAUAAUUCUGUAGAGAACAGAAAUCGAUCUUGGAGUCAGGUUUUUUCUUUCUACUGAGAAAGGUUGGCCCCUGAUCCGAUUGUUGUUGUUAUUGUUAUUGCUAUUAUAUCGAUUGAUAAAAGUACAGUUAAUUAAUAAGUGAAUGUUUUUUUUAUAGAA